AUGUCAUCAUUUCGUAUUUGUACAUUUUUUAGACAUACUCAAAUACUCGGUCAUCAGGAUGUAGGAAGAAGAUUUAGUCAGACAGUAACAUUUAGCAUUAUCGUGUGGAAAUUGGCUGUACAGACUGUUCUUUGGUUUUAUUUAAAGGAGAACAUUGGAGGUCUACCAUAUGACCGAUAUCUAACUUCCAAUGGUGUUACUCAACUUGGUCCAAAAGGUAAAAAGGAAAAAGACAUACUUCCGAGACAUCGUGCGGUUUACGCAGUAUUUCCAUAUUGGACUACAAUGCUCACAUGCUUAUUAGCAGUGUGCAGUCAGAUUGUAAAUUUCGAUCAGCCAUCACCUCGGGCACUUUCUGGAAAUGAACAACCAAUUGAGUGUCAUGAACGCGAGAAACGACAGGAUACAGAAUUGUCACCAGAACAUUCCUUGUUGGAGUAG